GCGCCGCGGCGGGCGGCUGCGAGGAGCGGCCGGCGGGCGGCGGCGGCCGGCGGGCGGCGAUGGCGGCGUCGGAGGCCGGUGGCGACGACGCCCGCUGCGUGCGGCUGAGCGCCGAGCGGGCACAGGCGCUGCUGGCCGACGUGGACACGCUGCUGUUCGACUGCGACGGCGUGCUGUGGCGCGGGGAGACGGCCGUGCCUGGCGCGCCCGAGGUCCUGCGGGCGCUGCGAGCCCGCGGCAAGCGCCUGGGCUUCAUCACCAACAACAGCAGCAAGACCCGCGCUGCCUACGCGGAGAAGCUGCGGCGCCUGGGCUUCGGCGGCCCCGCGGGGCCCGGCGCCAGCCUGGAGGUCUUCGGCACGGCCUACUGCACCGCGCUCUACCUGCGCCAGCGCCUGGCCGGCGCCCCCGCGCCCAAGGCCUACGUGCUGGGCAGCCCAGCCCUGGCCGCGGAGCUGGAGGCCGUGGGCGUCGCCAGCGUGGGUGUGGGGCCUGAGCCACUGCAGGGCGAGGGUCCCGGCGACUGGCUGCACGCGCCGCUGGAGCCCGACGUGCGCGCGGUGGUGGUGGGCUUUGACCCGCACUUCAGCUACAUGAAGCUCACCAAGGCCCUGCGCUACCUGCAGCAGCCCGGCUGCCUGCUCGUGGGCACCAACAUGGACAACCGGCUUCCGCUGGAGAACGGCCGCUUCAUCGCGGGUACUGGGUGUCUGGUCCGAGCCGUGGAGAUGGCCGCCCAGCGCCAGGCCGACAUCAUCGGGAAGCCCAGCCGCUUCAUCUUCGACUGCGUGUCCCAGGAAUACGGCAUCAACCCCGAGCGCACCGUCAUGGUGGGAGACCGCCUGGACACAGACAUCCUCCUAGGCGUCACCUGUGGCCUGAAGACCAUCCUGACCCUCACCGGAGUCUCCACUCUAGGGGAUGUGAAGAAUAAUCAGGAAAGUGACUGCGUGUCUAAGAAAAAAAUGAUCCCUGACUUCUAUGUUGACAGCAUAGCCGACCUUUUGCCUGCCCUUCAAGGUUAAAGAUUGAGUGUCCUUAAUCUCCAGAAUAAAAAAAAAAAAAAAAAUUGAAAACCAGUUACCCAAAUUAAUAGGUGGGGCUUAAGCAUCUGCUCGGCUAAGUGGCUUCAAAGAGUGUAAUUGGAGUUAAGCAAAGGCAUUCAUUGUUAACCUUGUAAGUACACGUUUGGGGGACGAUUUCGUUUACAGAUGCUUGUAAUGGAAGAUGCACUUUUAGGCUUGGAGGCAUUGUGGGCUGGGUUCUGGGCCUUGGGUGGGGCUGGCGGGGGCAGGCUCCGCACCUGCCGGGACUCAGGUAACCGGGGCCUGCCGAUGGGACUGAGGCGGGUCUAGGGGUGUGUGUCCUGUAUUUUAUGGAAAAACGCAUUCAGGGAUCCAGCCCCUCACUGGGCAGAGGGACUGAUUAUUCUGACUGUUGGGAGAGGCUUGCAUGGACCAGAGCCCCAUCAGUAUGACUGAAAGUCCAGCGGAGCCUUCUGUGUCCCUGUGCCUCCCAGCAGGGUGGGAGUGGAGGAGGCGGCUGCUCCCAGGUGGCAUCUCCCUGCCCUUGGGUGCAAAGUGCUGCCCUCACCACUCUCCCAGCUCCCCUACUUCCUUGAAAACCACUCUGAUGUCACAACUGAGUGUCUGUUCCGUUUCAGAUACCCAGGGCUGCUGCCCAGUUCUGUAAACGCAGCCCAGCUAAACUACUCUGCUGUCUCAAGUGUGCAUUUAAACCCAGGUGAUUUGGACAGAGCAGCCGCGAUGGCGUGGACGCCUUCACUGAACUCCGGGCUGCAGUGCAGGGAGCUCAGAGCAGUGCUGCUACCAAACAGUUUUUAACUUUGAACAACUGUGUCAGGCAAUGGAUUUGAAUCCUAAGUGUGUUAAUAGCUGUGCUCUGUGUCGUAGGGAAAAUCGCACUGAAGGAGCCUCUGUGCCCUGCAGCCGGCAGCACGGCUGAAGCAUGCGCUGGCCAAGGAAUGCCUGUCUGUCAUCCAGGACUCCGGGAGGGGAGGAGAGUUGUUGUCCCCAAGAACAGGAAGUCCUUUACCAAGCAUCCAGUCUCUUCCUGUCCUCCCAUUCCCUAGGUUGGGGUAGGGGUUAGAGGCUGGUGGCCCAGGAGAUCACCUGCCUUGCCCUGGAUUCCCUCUUAAGUGGCCAGCAGGACUUGGCAGGGCCACCAGCUCGCCAAGGUUCUGGGCAGGGCUCCGGCCUCUGCUGUCCGCUCUUGGCUCUGCUGACCUUUCACAGGCCUGACAGCAGACUCACCAGGGCCAUCCCAGGACGCUGCACCUUCUGGCUGGCUCUCUACCAGCGCCUUUCCCUGUACCUGCCAGCUUCUCUCUUGGCCCCACAGUCACAGCAUUCCACUUGGUCACAAAGACUUCAGAGCAAUAAGGGGCGUCCUGAGCCCUCAGCACCUCCCAGGCCUGGGAUAUCGGGUUCAAAGGGUGCUACAGAGCAGCAUGAGGGCGACUGCGCCCAUGAGCCUGGUGGCACUGACGCUGGCUUGGCUAGGUUGGCUCAAGCCGGGUCUGGCCUCGCAGGAUGCAGUCACGCCAGGAGCUUAUGGCAGAUGCAGCCUCGGCGAUGCCUCUCUUGCCGGGUAGGGGCUGGGAGUCCCUGUGCACCGUCUCUGGCCCAUGAGGGGCUGCAGCACUGUGUGUGCCCCAGAGCACAGAUUAAACUCUCAAACCCA